AUGGCGAAAGAAAACGGCUAUGCGAACGGCUUCCCGUCGUCCUAUGCUGCAAAGCAUAACCUUCACUCGCACUUCAUCGGAGGCAAUCACUUGGGCGCCGCCUCCUCCAGCAAGGUCAAGGACUUUGUCGCCGCACACGACGGCCACACCGUCAUCACGAAUGUCCUCAUCGCAAAUAACGGGAUCGCAGCGGUCAAGGAGAUCCGAUCGGUACGAAAAUGGGCGUACGAAACAUUCGGCGACGAGCGCGCCAUUCAGUUCACCGUCAUGGCCACGCCGGAGGAUCUGCAGGCCAAUGCGGACUACAUCCGGAUGGCGGAUCAGUACGUCGAGGUGCCGGGUGGGACAAAUAACAACAAUUAUGCCAACGUCGAAUUGAUCGUGGAUGUGGCGGAGCGAAUGGGUGUUCAUGCGGUGUGGGCUGGAUGGGGCCACGCAUCCGAGAACCCCAAACUCCCCGAAUCUCUCGCCGCCUCCCCCCACAAAAUCGUCUUCAUCGGCCCUCCAGGCUCAGCCAUGCGCUCCCUCGGCGAUAAAAUCUCUUCCACCAUCGUCGCACAACAUGCCAAAGUCCCAUGCAUACCGUGGUCCGGCACCGGCGUUGAUCAAGUGCACGUCGGCGACAACGGCAUCGUCACCGUCGACGAGCACAUCUACAACAAGGGCUGCGUCACCUCGCCCGAAGAGGGGCUCGAAGCCGCGAAGAAGAUCGGGUUCCCCGUCAUGGUGAAAGCGUCCGAGGGCGGCGGCGGGAAGGGGAUCCGAAAAGUCGACGACGAGGAGGAGUUCGUGCAGCUGUACAAGGCGGCCGCGGCGGAGAUCCCUGGCAGCCCGAUUUUCAUCAUGAAAUUGGCGGGCAAUGCGCGCCAUCUGGAGGUGCAGUUGUUGGCGGAUCAGUACGGGAACAAUAUCUCGAUCUUCGGACGUGAUUGUUCCGUGCAGAGACGGCAUCAAAAGAUCAUUGAGGAGGCGCCGGUGACGGUGGCGAACUCGGCGACGUUCGAGGCGAUGGAGAGGUCGGCGGUUUCGCUGGGCAAGCUGGUCGGUUAUGUCUCCGCAGGAACCGUGGAGUAUCUCUAUUCGCACUCCGACGACAAGUUCUACUUCCUCGAGUUGAAUCCGAGGUUGCAGGUCGAGCAUCCGACCACAGAGAUGGUUUCAGGCGUCAACCUUCCUGCCGCGCAGCUCCAGAUCGCCAUGGGUCUCCCAUUGCACCGCAUCCGAGAUAUUCGUCUCCUCUAUGGUGCCGACCCCAAAUACAGCACCCCGAUCGACUUCGAUUUCUCCACCGAGGAGUCCUCCAAGGCCCAGCGCAAACCGAAGCCAAAGGGCCACUGCACCGCAUGCCGCAUCACAUCUGAAGAUCCCGGCGAGGGCUUCAAGCCAUCCAGCGGAACGAUGCACGAUCUGAACUUCCGCUCCAGCUCCAAUGUUUGGGGCUACUUCUCCGUCAGCUCCGGCUCCGGCAUCCACAGUUUCUCCGACAGUCAGUUCGGCCAUAUUUUCGCGUACGGCGAGAACCGAACGGCGUCACGGAAACACAUGGUCGUCGCGCUCAAGGAACUGAGCAUUCGCGGCGACUUCCGGACUACGGUCGAGUACCUCAUCAAGCUGCUCGAGACGCCGGCAUUCGAAGAUAACACGAUCACGACCGGCUGGUUGGAUGAGCUGAUUCAGAAGAAACUGACCGCCGAGCGGCCGGACCCGAUGGUUGCCGUCAUCUGCGGCGCGGUCACGAAAGCGUAUGCGGCGAGCGAGGCAUGCAUGACGGAGUACCACACCAGCUUGGAGAAGGGGCAGGUACCGUCCAAGGAUGUGCUGAAAACCGUUUUCCCGGUCGACUUCAUCUACGAGGACUAUCGGUACAAGUUCACAUCCACCCGAUCGAGCCAUGACAGCUUCACGCUGUUCAUCAACGGCUCCAAAUGCGCCGUGGGGGUUCGUGCGCUCGUGGACGGCGGCCUGCUGAUCCUGCUGAACGGGAAGAGCCACAACGUCUACUGGAAGGAGGAAGUCGGGGCGACGCGUCUCAGCGUCGACUCCAAGACCUGCUUGUUGGAGCAGGAGAACGACCCGACGCAGCUCCGUACUCCGUCCCCCGGGAAGCUCGUCAAGUUUACCGUUGAGAACGGUGACCACAUCAAGAAGGGCCAGCCAUUCGCGGAAGUCGAGGUCAUGAAGAUGUACAUGCCGUUGAUCGCACAGGAGGACGGUGUGGUCAACCUCAUCAAGCAACCCGGAGCGACGCUGGAGGCCGGCGAUAUCCUGGGCAUCCUCGCGCUCGACGACCCGACGAAAGUUAAGUCCGCACAGCCGUUCGUUGGCCAGUUACCGGACCUUGGACCGCCCGUCCGCCUGGGCAACAAGCCUCCUCAACGGUUCGCCUACCUUUCGGGCGUGCUCAACAACAUCUUCAUGGGCUACGACAACCAGGUGAUCAUGCAGUCGACGCUCAAGGAGUUCGUGGAAGUGCUCCGGAACCAAGAGCUGCCGUACGGCGAGUGGAAUGCGCAGGCGUCCGCCCUGCACUCCCGCAUGCCGCAGAAGCUCGAUGCGCAGCUCAACCAGAUCGUAGAGCGUGCGCACAGCAGGAACAGUGAGUUCCCGGCGAAGCAGCUGCAGAAGGCAUACAAUCGGUUCUUGGACGACAACGUCGCUGCGGCCGAUACCGGGGUUCUGACAUCGGCACUGGAACCGCUCAUUGAAAUCAUGAACAACUACACCGAGGGGCUGAAGGUCCACGAAUACGAGUCCAUGAUCCGGCUUCUCGAGAAAUACUACGAGGUGGAGAAACUCUUCGCCAUGCGUGUCACGCGCGACGAAGAGGUGAUCCUCAAGCUCCGCGACGAGAACAAGACCAACAUCUUGAACGUGGUGGAGAUCGCCCUCUCCCACUCCCGUGUCACCGCGAAGAACAACCUGGUCGUCGCCAUCCUCGACAUGUACCGCCCCAACCGCCCCGGCGUCGGCAACGUCGCCAACUACUUCAAGGACAUCCUCCGGAAGCUCACCGAACUGGAAAACCGCAGCACCGCGAAGGUCGCGCUGAAGUCCCGCGAGGUGCUGAUCCAGUGCGCCAUGCCCAGCCUCGAGGAGCGCUCCGCCCAGAUGGAACAUAUCCUCCGCACCUCCGUCGUCGAGUCGCGAUACGGUGAGACCAACUGGGAUCACCGUAAGCCGGACCUCGACGCCAUCAAGGAGGUCAUCGACAGCCGGUACACCGUGUUCGACGUCAUCCCGCAGUUCUUCGUGCACCAGGAUCCAUGGGUCGCGCUCGCUGCGCUGGAGGUGUAUAUCCGCCGCGCCUAUCGCGCGUAUCAGCUCAACGAGAUCCAAUACCACUUCGACGGGGAAGCGCCGUACGUGAUCUCAUGGGAGUUCGCGCUGCGCAAAGUCGGCGGCGAGUUCGGGCUGCCGCUGGAGAGCGCGUUCCCGAGCACCCCCGGCACGCCGGCGACACCGCUGGAGGGGUUCAUGAAGAAGCACCACUCCAUCAGCGAUAUGACGUACUUCACCGACCGGACGGAGGUGCAGCCCACGCGAAUGGGCGCGGUCGUGCCGGUGGAGUUCAUCGACGAUGCGGAGGAACACCUGGCGCGCGCGCUGGAGUGCUUCCCGCUGACCGGCAAGUCGGACGGGAAGCGGGUGGAGAAGGGGCUGAUCGCGACGCUCAGCAGCAAGAGGAAGCCGACGUCCAGCCCCCCCCAGAAGUCCGCCCGGGACGACUUGACCGCCGUGUGCAACGUCGCGAUCAAGGACGCAGAGAGCUUGGACGACAAGGAGAUCCUCGAGCGCAUCUAUCCGAUCGUCAAGGACUACAAGGAGGAUCUGCUCGCGCGCAGCGUCCGUCGGCUGACGUUCAUCUGCGGUCACGGAGACGGAACGUAUCCGGGCUACUACACUUUCCGUGGACCCGAGUACGAGGAAGACGCGUCCAUCCGCCACGUGGAGCCGGCGUUGGCAUUCCAGCUCGAGCUGGGCCGUCUGAGCAAAUUCCACAUCCGCCCCGUGUUCACGGAGAACCGAAACAUCCACAUCUACGAAGCGGUGGGCAAGGACGCGCCGCAAGACAAGCGGUACUUCACCCGUGCGGUGGUGCGACCCGGGCGCCUGCGCGAAGACAUCCCGACCGCACAAUACCUCGCCAGCGAGGCGGACCGCAUGUUCGGGGACAUCUUCGACGCACUCGAGAUCAUCGGCAACAACAACUCGGACAUGAACCAUAUUUACAUCAACUUCGGCACCGUGUUUCCGCUGUCCGCCGAGGAGGUGCAGGACGCCAUCGCGCCGUUCAUUGAGCGCUUCGGGCUGCGCUUCUGGAGGCUGCGGUGCACGCAGGCGGAGAUCCGCAUCAUCUGCACGGACGCCGAGACCGGUGUGCCAUACCCGCUGCGCAUCGUCGUGUCCAACACCUCGGGCUACAUCGUCCAGGUCGACCUGUACGCGGAGCGCAAGUCCGACCGCGGCACCGACUGGGUGUUCCAGUCAAUCAGCGGGACGAACAAGCUCGGCCCGAUGCACCUGCAGCCGGUCAACGCGCCGUACCCGACCAAGGGCGCGCUACAGCCGAAGCGGUACAAGGCGCACAUCAUGGGCACGCAGUACGUGUACGAUUUCCCGGAGCUGUUCCGGCAGGCGAUCGAGAACGACUGGGUGGAGGUGAUCAAGCACCACGCGCACCUGAAGGACAAGCAGCCGCUCAAGGGCGAGUGCAUCGAGUACAGCGAGCUAGUGCUGGACGACUCGGACAACCUGAUCGAGCUGAACCGCGAGCCGGGGAACAACCACGUCGGCAUGGUCGGCUGGCUCGUCACGGCCAAAACGCCUGAAUACCCGCGCGGCCGCCGCUUUGUCAUCGUCGCCAACGACAUCACGUUCAAGAUCGGCUCGUUCGGCCCCGCGGAAGACAAAUUCUUCCACAAGUGCUCGGAGCUGGCGCGCAAGCUCGGCAUCCCGCGGAUCUACCUCUCCGCUAACUCCGGGGCGCGCCUUGGCAUGGCGGAGGAGCUGAUCCCCCAUUUCAGCGUGGCGUGGAACGACGCGAGCCGGCCCGAGAAGGGGUUCCGGUAUUUGUAUUUGACGCCGGAGAAGAAGCAGCGGUUCGAGGAUGGGAAUCGGAAGGAUGUGACCACGGAGAAGAUCGUGGAGGAUGGGGAGGUGAGGCAUAAGGUCGUUACGGUGGUGGGUGCGGAGGAUGGGUUGGGGGUAGAGUGCUUGAAGGGGUCGGGCACGAUUGCAGGAGAGACGAGCAGGGCGUACGAGGAUAUCUUCACGAUCACGUUGGUGACGUGCCGAAGCAUUGGUAUCGGAGCCUACCUCGUCCGCCUCGGCCAGCGCGCCAUCCAAAUCGAAGGCCAACCCAUCAUCCUCACCGGCGCCGGCGCGCUCAACAAGCUGCUCGGCCGCGAAGUGUACACAUCCAACCUCCAGCUUGGCGGCACACAAAUCAUGUACAAGAACGGCGUGUCGCACAUGACGGCGAACGACGACUUCGAGGGCGUCUGCCGCAUCGUCAAAUGGAUGUCCUUCGUCCCCGACAAGAAAAACAACCCCGUACCCAUCUCCCCCACCAGCGACGACUGGGACCGCGAGAUCGCCUACUUCCCGCCCCAGCGCGCUCCGUACGAUGUGCGAUGGCUCAUCGGCGGGAAAGAGGAGGACGGCGGCUUCUUGGGCGGUCUGUUUGACCGCGGGUCAUUCGAAGAAGCGCUCGGCGGAUGGGCGCGCACGGUGGUGAUCGGCCGGGCACGACUUGGCGGCAUCCCCAUCGGGGUGAUCGGUGUGGAGACGCGGACGGUGGAGAACGUGACGCCAGCAGACCCGGCGAACCCCGACUCGAUCGAACAGGUGACGUCGGAGGCGGGCGGGGUGUGGUAUCCCAACAGCGCGUUCAAGACGGCGCAGGCGAUCCGGGACUUCAACCACGGCGAGCAGCUGCCACUGAUGAUCCUGGCCAACUGGCGCGGGUUCAGCGGCGGGCAGCGGGACAUGUACAACGAGGUGCUGAAGUACGGGAGCCAUAUCGUAGAUGCGCUCGUCAAGUACGAGCAGCCGGUGUUCGUGUAUAUCCCACCGUUUGGGGAGUUGCGAGGCGGCUCUUGGGUCGUCGUCGAUCCUACGAUCAACCCUGCGUACAUGGAAAUGUACGCCGACACCGAUGCCCGCGGCGGCGUCCUCGAGCCCGAGGGCAUCGUCGGCAUCAAAUUCCGCAAAGACCGCCAACUUGAGACGAUGGCGCGCCUCGACCCCACGUACGGGGAGCUGAAGCGCAAAUCGGCCGCGCCGAACCUCAGCCGCGAGGACGCCGCGAAGAUCAAGGAGCAGAUGACGGCGCGCGAGACGCUUCUCCUCCCGAUCUACCACCAGAUCGCGCUACAGUUUGCAGACCUGCACGACCGAUCCGGGCGGAUGAAGGCGAAGGACACCAUCCGCAGCGAGCUGUCGUGGGCGCAGGCGCGGCGGUACUUCUACUGGCGUCUACGUCGCAGGCUGAACGAGGAGUACGUGCUCAAGCGGAUGGCAGCGGCGGAGGGGAAGGAGGUAGCAGGGACGUCGCGGGGGCGAAAGCUGGAGACGCUGCGAGCGUGGAGCGGGGUGGAGCGGUUCGAGGAGGACGAUAUGGCGGUGGCGCUGUGGUACGAGGAGCAUCGGAAAGAGGUGCACGCGAAGAUCGAGGCGGCGAAGCGGGAGGCGGUGGCGGGGGAUGUGGCGGGGUUGAUGCGGAGGGAUAUGGAGGCGGGGUUGAAGGGGGUGCGGACGGUGUUGGGGAUGUUGCCGGUGGGGGAGCGGGAGGAGAUUCUGAAGAUGUUGCAGAAGGCGUGA